AUGUGGACUUUAAACCAGUUGAAGAAAGAAACUGGACCAGUUUCUACGACUGAGUUACCUAUCAUAGCUAUAGACUUUGGCACUUCAUACAGUGGAUAUGCCUUCAGUUUGACACCAAGAGGAGCACAAAAUGAGCCCUGUUUAAGACGGUGGGGUAAAGAGCUCGGAAUGGACACUCCAAAGACUCCAACCUGCAUUCUGUUCAAUGAACACAAAAAAUUUCUGAAGUUUGGUUAUGAAGCAAAAACAGCUUUUAUUAACUUGCGAGGAGAAGAAGCAAAGAAAAACUACUUCUUUGAAAACUUCAAGGUGGUGCACUAUGACAAGAAAUUCAGCAGAAAUGUGAUUAAAGCUGCAAAUGGGAAGUCAAUGAAGGCAUCGAAGGUGUUUACAGAAGCUCUAAGAUACCUGAGUAAUGACGCAAUGGAAACUAUUAAGGCCAAAAGCGCAGACAAUGAGUUUACAGAAUCUGACUUGACCUGGGUGCUGACUGUACCUGCCUUUUGGGAUUCCUCAGCAGAGCAGUUCAUGAGAAAAGCUGCAACUCAGGUAGGAAUUAUUACAGAAGGAACUCAGCACAACCUGAUCAUCGCACUGGAACCAGAAGCAGCCUCAGUCUGGUGUAAGAAGCUGCCAGCUGCCAGCUUCAUCACACAGAACCAUGAUGGAGGAUCGCUGGAUCAGUCUCCAGGAACACAGUUCAUAGUGGUGGACUGUGGAGGUGGAACCGUUGACAUCACUGUUCAUGAAGUCUUGGAUGAGGGGGCCCUGAAGGAUCUGGACAAGGCUUCAGGAAAUGAUUUGGGGGGACAAACUGUGGACAGGAAAUUCAAAGAGUUCCUCAGAGAAAUCUUCAGUGAUCAUGUCUGGGAUGAAUAUGAAGCAAAUUCUCCCAGUGAGGUUCAGAUACUGAUGUAUAAAUUUGUUUAUUUCAAACAGGUAGAUGAUGAUAUUCACAUGUCCUGUCCAUAUAACCUGGGAACACUGGCUGAGAGUAGGCAGGAAAUAGAAAAGUUCUUUGAAUCAGUGGAAGGUGCUUCCUGGGAGUGUGGAGCAAUCAGAAUCUCUAAAGAGAGACUGAGGUCUUUCUUUGCAGAGAGUCUGAAGGGCAUCACUGACAGUCUCAAAGAAAUCCUGAAAAAACAUCUAAACAUCAAGUACAUUCUGUUAGUGGGGGGCUACGCUGAAAGCCUGAUUCUACGUCAACAUGUUAUUGAUCAGUUUGGUGAUCAGUGUAAAGUUUUUUGUCCUUUUAGCCCCCAGGAGGUGAUCCUGAAGGGAGCUGUGGAGUUUGGAAGAAAUCAAGCAGUGGUGGCAUCUCGAAAAUCUGCCUUUACAUACGGGGUUUCUGUUUGUGAGAAGUUUGACCUAUCCAAACACAGGGCAGACAAGAAGUUCAUAGCACAUGGGGAGGAGUUUUGCAGCAAUAUUUUCAUGACACUGGUGGAAGAAGGUGAAAAUGUGGGUUGGAAUGAAGUCAGAAAGCUAAUCUUCAAUCCAAUUAGUGCAGGUCAGACAGGCAUGGAGAUCAAAUUUUGUCGCACAAAAAUAAAAGAUCCAUUGUAUACAGAUGAGGAUGGAGUAAAGGAAAUUGGUUUACUCAAGUUCAGAAUGCCCUCUAAAGGUGGCGUAAAUCAUGCAGUCAAACUGGAAAUCAGGUUUGGCUCCUCAGAAAUGAAAGUGACAGGCACAGGCUUGGUGUCUGAUUUAAAACUACUUGUAAAGAUGGACUUCAUGACCAAAACAUGA